AUGGAGAAAGCUAUACGUGAUAGAUUUGCAAAUAGCGUCAAUGACUUGGUGGAUUUCGACAGCACAUUCGCCGCAGCGAGAUCCGAGGAUAAUGUUCAUAGCCUGGAGGCUCUAAGAGUGGAGCUGGAUUCGCUUUGGAACAACGUUAAAAAAUCAUACUUAGAAUGCCGCGAUCAUGUUGCAGCGGAGGGCGAAACACCCAUGGAUAGAAACAAGCUUCGAUCUCAUUACAAAGACGCUAGGGAAAGCUAUAUGCGAGUCAUAGGUUCAUUGAACGCGGAUAUUAAUGCAUUUAAAGAACAGGCGAUCCAGGAGAAGGCAGAAAGAGAGUCGAUACAGCAACAUCACACAAUGCUACACAAGGGAACGGAAACCCAAGCUAGUAGCCAAGACCCAGCCAGAGAUGUAGCGCGACCCAGUACUAGUGCUACCGCUCUUACGACAAUUAUACAGUCCACUCCUGACACAAGACAAAGUAACAUCACCACCCUGACCCUUCGGGAUAAGCAAAUUAGUGAGCGUCAUCCUAGGGAAACUUUGCUAUUUACUGCCGUAGUGCAGAUAGAAUCUAGAGGACAACUAUUCGAUGCCAGAGCUAUUAUUGACUCUGGAUCGCAGUCCACCUUUAUAACAGAUAAACUCAAGAACAAAUUGAGUCUUCCAACUAAGCGAAACUUGGUACACGUCACGGGGCUUAGCCAGAUGGUAGCCGAAACUUCGAACAAAGCUUGUCUCUUUACUUUGCGUUCAAGCUUAGACCCUCGAUUUGAGUUGGAGGUUUGGGCGCCUGUCUUGAAGGCCCUUCCUUCUAAUUUACCACCACAAAACUUAGACCUAGCACAACUUCGGGAUGUUGCCAACCUUGAUUUGGCAGAUCCAAAAUUCUAUAUUAGCCAACCGGUUGACCUUCUAAUAGGAAUGGACAUAGGACCCCUUAUUUUUGACAUUGGAUCUCCUAUGAAAUCAGUCGGCACACUUUUGGCACAGAACACAGUUUUUGGAUGGAUCGUUGGUGGACCCAUAGCACAAGGAACUACAGGGGGUAACCGAGUUUCUCUGCACAACACAAUAUCGAUAGAGAAAAUACUUACACGUUUUUGGGAGGUGGAGGAGACCCCCAAAAAGAUUUUGAGGUCUGAAGAGGACAUGGUUUGUGAACAAAACUUUAAGACAACCACUCGCCGAAACCAAAAUGGAAGAUACGUUGUGACCCUACCGUUUAAAAAUUGCGAAGAACUAGGAAGUUCUAGAAACAUCGCUUUAGCACAAUUUUAUCGAAUGGAAAGGAAGCUGCAGGCAACGCCUGAAAUAAAGGAACAAUAUGAUAAAACUAUUCUGGAAUAUCUGGAACUUGGACACAUGAGGAGAUUAUCGGCCGAGGAGGUAACUAAGACUCCCAAUUACUAUUUGCCGCAUCAUGCUGUCAUCAAGCCAGAUCGACUCACAACGAAACUUAGAGUGGUUUUCAAUGCGUCAAGUCCUUCUUCGAACAAAAGAAGCCUCAACGACAACCUGUUUGCUGGACCCAUUCUUCAACAAGACCUUGUGUUACAAAUUUUGAAGUGGAGAUUCUUCAAAUACGUAUUCAAUGCGGACGUAACGAAGAUGUACCGGCAAAUUCUCCUAGACCCUAAUCAGACACAAUUCCAAAGAAUACUUUUUAGAAAAUCUCCAAAGGACCAAGUCGAGGAUUUUGAGCUCUUGACAGUCACGUUUGGAGUAAAUUGCGCACCAUUCCUUGCAAUCCGAACACUUCUUCAACUUGCGGAAGACGUGGCGGACACAUACCCCUUAGCAUCAAAGAUCAUUCAAGAGAAUCUGUAUGUUGAUGAUGUUCUGGUCGGGGCUCACACAAUUGAAGAAGCCAUCCGAUCUCGUAAAGAGUUAAUCUCAGCCUUUGACUCGGCUGGAUUUCAACUCAUGAAAUGGACAGCAAAUGAUCACAAAGUCAUUCAAGACUUACCUGCCGAUCAAUUGCUGCCAGUAAAUUGGCUUGAGCUCUCGGAGGACUCUUCAACCAAAACCCUUGGUAUUCGGUGGAAUAUUUCUGGGGAUUAUUUCACAUUCACACCACCAUCAUUAGAAGUCAGACCAACGUACACAAAAAGAGAGGUCUUAUCAUCCAUUGCCAAAUUGUUUGACCCUUGUGGUUGGUUGGCCCCAGUUAUUGUAAUCGCCAAGCUAGUCAUGCAGCAAGUAUGGCUUGACAAAAUAGACUGGGAUGACACGCUCAAAGCAAUAGCAUUAAUAAACUGGCAAACCUUUGUAAAAAACUGUGGGGAAAUUGAAUCAGUAAAAGUUCCAAGAUGGAUUCAGUUUGUGCCUUCGUGUCAAGUUGAAGUUCACGGGUUUUGUGAUGCGUCUGAGAGUGCGUACGGAGCAGCUCUUUACAUAAGAGUGGAACAUGAAGACCACAAGACAGAAACAUAUUUGCUCGCUGCUAAGACUCGUGUAGCCCCCAUAAAGAAAAUCUCGCUACCAAGGCUUGAGUUAUGCGGGGCUGUUUUAUUAUCAAAGCUUGCGUCGUCAAUUAUAGCUAAGCUUCAAAUUUCUAACUUCACAACUUACUACUGGACUGACUCAACAAUUGUUCUAGCAUGGCUCAAGAAACCACCUUGUGCUUGGAGCACAUUUGUGGGAAAUCGCGUCUCGGAGAUAUUGGAAAACGUCGGGGUUGAAAAUUGGCUGCAUAUUGACUCCGAAAGUAACCCUGCGGAUGUUGCCAGUCGAGGGUGCUCACCAUCUGACUUGAAAGGUCAUCAUUUGUGGUGGCACGGACCCCUAUGGUUAAAACUUCCGAAAGACAGGUGGCCAACGUACGAAGUUUUUAGUGACACGAGUUUAGAAGCGAAAGCAGUUAAAGUUUUUGCUACUACAACCUUUGAAGACCCUCUCGAAAGAUUCUCUUCUUUGUCUCGAGCAUAUCGAGUUUUGUGUUAUGUUUUAAGAUUUUGGCGAAACACUAGCGCAGGUCGAUCGCAUCUUAGAAUCUCGUCUGGGAAGAUUACCGCUGAAGAAAUACAAGACGUAAAGCAACGACUCUUAGUUAUGACUCAGAAACAGUACUUUGCUUCCGAAUACCACAAUUUAGAACAGAAAACUAAAUUGUCGCCCAGCAGUAGCCUUUUGUCAUUGAACCCAUUUUUAGACUCGAAAGGGGUUAUGCGGUCCAAUGGGCGUCUAGUCCAAUCACCGGCACUGUCAUACAAUGAAAGGCAUCCCAUUCUCUUGCCAUAUGAUGCAAGAAUGACUCAACUUCUUGUCGAGUUUGCACACAAAAUAACACUUCAUGGAGGCAACCAGCUCAUGACACGAUUAUUGCGAUCAGAAUUUUGGAUAUUUCGGUUAAAACCCCUUGUUAAGAAAGUUAUACACAACUGCAAGACCUGUAUUUUGUAUAAAAAGCACUUGCAAUCACAAAUAAUGGCGUCCCUUCCACCUGAGCGCACUUCACUCUCGAGACCCUUUACCAAUACCGGGGUUGACUUUGCAGGACCCUUUAAUAUUAAAAACUAUUCAGGUCGUGCUUGUCUGAUUACCAAAGGAGGUUGUCCGGCCUGUAUCUACUCCGAUAAUGGGAAAAACUUUGUGGGCGCCUCUGAAUUACUUAAAAAGGAUCGUCUAGAGUUCUUAAAGACUCUACAAAACCAAACGCUGCAGCAGAAUGUUUAUCAAAAUCUAGUUUGGAAAUUUAUUCCUCCUGGUGCCCCUCACAUGGGCGGCCUGUGGGAAGCGGGUGUCAAGUCUUUUAAAUCCCACUUGCGCAAGUUUAUUCCGAAAAUGAACUUUACGUUCGAGGAAUUGUCCACAAUUUUGACUCGAAUAGAGGCUUGCUUAAAUUCCAGACCGCUGAGUCCAGCCAACGACGACCCCAAUGACUUCUCGCCUUUGACUCCAGGCCACUUUCUUAUUGGUACACCACUUCUGACCCCAGCGGAGCCUGAUGUUUCAGAUCAGGAUGUCUCUUUUGCUAAUAGGUGGAAAAGACUCAAAAUAGUAUCUCAAUACUUUUGCCAACGAUGGAAGUCGGAGUAUUUGAAAGAAUUGCACCGCAGAUCCAAAUGGAAAUAUCAGCAGGAAAAUCUCGCAAAGGAUGAUUUAGUUGUAAUCAGAGACGAUAGGUUCCCUCCUACGGAAUGGACAAUGGGUCGCAUUGAAAGGGCCUAUCAUGGUACAGAUCAAAAUAUAAGAGUAGUAGAUGUUAGAACGUCAAACGGAAUAGUCACUAGACCCAUUACUAAAAUUGUCAAAUUGUUUUCCGCAUGA